AUGUUUUCAACCCUACGAAACUUUCUUGUUCAGCGGCUAAGUGGUUGUUUAGCCUGUACAAACCACACAAACACCGUGCACGAAAAAACAGAAUUAGAAGAAAUUCUGUUGAAGAGAGUGGCCUUGCUAAAAGGUUGGCACGAAUAUGCGAACGAAGCAGGGCGAACAUUUGAAACACAACCUCUGUAUGUUAGACUCUGGGAAAAGCUCGGUGCAAAGUUACAGAGCCAUGACUGGCCGCUUGAGACGCCCAAAAUCUUGUGUGCGGAUGAGACUGUCGAAUCUGCCAUGCGAAUUGAGUCGACAUCCUCUUGUACAUCCACCCCGGGGGCUGACGGAGGCAGCUUGGAUAGUGAUAAUGAGUGUCGUUCUGGCCCAUCAUCACCAGUCACAAGCACCACAACGGCAACAUCCAACUUUGGGAUGGAGUACAGAGCCUGCUAUGUGUGCAAUGGAGAUGGUUGUUCACUUCCACUUCCAGACCCUUCUGAGAUACCAGUUCCUAGCUGGGAUGACCUGGGCAGUUGGACUGCUCAUCGCCUACAGCAACCUGAGGUGUACGCAUUCAACAAAGACUACGCUGCCCUCAGAAUGUCAGUUGCAUUGUCUGGGAAGAAGGCUAGUGGCGGAGGAACCCACGCCGUUAAAGGUGCCAGCAGAGAUGUACAAGUUCAAAGCUUUUCCAAAAUAACUGGUUCAAAGGGCAUGUGGGCGCUUUAUGACUUAAUGACAAGCGUCUGGUUGACUUUCAGUGUCGUCUCGCUACACAGGAGUUCAGGAAUGCAACCGGUUCUGGCCUUCCCACAAGCAGCAAUGGGCUGCACAAUCCCCGACUACUCGGGGACCCCGGACGGCGAGGAUGACAAAUAUGUGGCUGGGGCCUUGAAGGGAUCGGCGAAGGGAUUCGAAGUUAUAGCCAGGCACAAUGAGAAAGGCAAGGCUGGCGCGGAAAUGAUUGCGGCGGCCCUGACAAGACCAGGGUACGGGAGGUAUACUGAUGCCUCGGAGCUCGACUUUGGGGAAGACAUGACGGAAGCGACAGGGAAACUGACAAACAAGAUUGACAGGAGUACGUGGCUUCACAUGCGUUGGUAUGAUGGAGGAGUAAUCCCGUACUUUGUUUGCCACGACUGGUCGCUUCCGCCUCAAAUGCGCCGACUCAAUACCCAGAAGGAAUGCCAUCUUGUCGAUGCGUGUUACAACAUUACAAUCUGGCUCAAUGACCUAGGCGACUACGCUUUGGAUCGGACGAUUGGCGAGGGCGGGAAUUCCCUGGUCUACGCACUGAGCCAGUCGGGAAAAUCGAAUCCCGCUAUCUUGGCGGAUUUCUGUUCAGAUGUGAUUGAUCGAGUUUGUGAGUGCUCGUGUGGAUCGCACCGCCACGAGGUCGGGGCCGAUAUUGCAGUCGGUUUCAUCGCCAUGUACGCUUUAGCUUUCAGGUACCGAGGUUUUGAAAAUGCAUGGCUGGCGCGCAAAGAGGAGAUUCAUGGCGUCGCGCGAAGGGGGUGGCUCAUUAGAGGCGGCUCUAGGGAUGAAUGGCCCCAAGUGCCAUACAACGAGGACUGGAGCCCGCUCACUACGGAGGUUCCGGCUGACAUCAACCUGGAGGCCGCAAAUCAAUCAUGGAAAGCUCGUUGUGGCUGGUUGGCUCAAACGGGACCAGGCGAACACCUGAUCAACCAUGUUGUGGAACGGUAUGCCGAGUCGAUGACUUACGACAGAGCUGUCGUGUCACAGUUACUCCGACAAUUGUGGCCUGUUGCCGAGCCAGCAGUAAAAAGCUUGGGAGGUGACUCGACAAUGAUAUAUGACAGUGUGGAAAUGCUGGUGUUGAGCGCGCUUGACUGGCCAGCAAUAUUUGUAGCACCGGAGCGGAAAUUUGGGCAAUGUGCAGUACGCGAUAAAGUUGUUCUAGAAAAUAUUUUGCUGGAGAGCGCGGCAUACAGCCUGUGGUGUUGUGGCACAAGUGAGGCGAGCGCCUUUGUCCGCUUCUUGGUAGGUUUGGUUGCAACGGUCGCUGAACUAACAGUCGUCGGGGUGUACCGCAGGGUUCCGACUCUGUGGUCGGAAGAUCAAGCGGGAUGGGAGCCUACAGAGCACAAAGAAUGUACACAUGCAUGA